AUGGCUCGGGCCGCCCGGCUCCGCGGCGCGGCCCCGCGCGCCCUCCCGCUGCCGCUGCUGCUGCUGCUGCUGCUGCUCCCGCCGCCGCCGCUGCUGCUGGCCCGGGCCCCACGGCCGCCGGACGCCCCCCGCCGCCACCCCAUGAGCAGAGGGCCACAGCCCUGGCCCAACGCCCCUCCUGACAGCGACGCCCCCGCCCUGGCCACCCAGGAGGCCCUCCCGCUCGCUGGCCACCCCAGACCUCCCCGCUGCGGCGUGCCCGACCCGCCCGACGGGCCAAGUGCCCGCAACCGACAGAAGAGGUUCGUGCUGUCGGGCGGGCGCUGGGAGAAGACGGACCUCACCUACAGGAUCCUCCGGUUCCCGUGGCAGCUGCUGCGGGAACAGGUGCGGCAGACGGUGGCGGAGGCCCUCCAAGUGUGGAGUGACGUCACGCCACUCACCUUCACUGAGGUGCACGAGGGCCACGCCGACAUCGUGAUCGACUUCACCAGGUACUGGCACGGGGACAACCUGCCCUUCGAUGGACCUGGGGGCAUCCUGGCCCACGCCUUCUUCCCCAAGACCCACCGAGAAGGGGAUGUCCACUUCGACUAUGAUGAGACCUGGACCAUCGGGGACAACCAGGGCACAGACCUCCUGCAGGUGGCGGCCCACGAGUUUGGCCACGUGCUGGGGCUGCAGCACACGACAGCUGCGAAGGCCCUGAUGUCCCCCUUCUACACCUUCCGCUACCCACUGAGCCUCAGCCCAGAUGACCGCAGGGGCAUCCAGCAGCUGUACGGCCGGCCUCGGCUAGCUCCCACGUCCAGGCCCCCGGACCUGGGCCCCGGCACCGGGGCGGACACCAACGAGAUCGCGCCGCUGGAGCCGGACGCCCCACCGGAUGCCUGCCAGGUCUCCUUUGACGCGGCCGCCACCAUCCGCGGCGAGCUCUUCUUCUUCAAGGCAGGCUUUGUGUGGCGGCUGCGUGGGGGCCGGCUGCAGCCUGGCUACCCUGCACUGGCCUCUCGGCACUGGCAGGGGCUGCCCAGCCCUGUGGACGCAGCCUUCGAGGACGCCCAGGGCCACAUCUGGUUCUUCCAAGGAGCUCAGUACUGGGUGUACGACGGCGAGAAGCCGGUCCUGGGCCCUGCGCCCCUCUCUGAGCUGGGGCUCCAGGGGUCCCCGAUCCAUGCCGCCCUGGUGUGGGGCUCCGAGAAGACCAAGAUCUACUUCUUCCGAAGCGGGGACUACUGGCGCUUCCAGCCCAGCACCCGCCGUGUGGACAGCCCCGUGCCGCGCCGGGCCACCGACUGGCGAGGGGUGCCCUCGGAGAUCGACGCGGCCUUCCAGGAUGCUGAAGGCUUCGCCUAUUUCCUGCGUGGCCGCCUCUACUGGAAGUUUGACCCCGUGAAGGUGAAAGCCCUGGAGGGCUUCCCCCGCCUCGUGGGCCCCGACUUCUUCGGCUGUACUGAGGCUGCCAACACUUUCCGCUGA